CUUGACAGUUUCAAAUUGUGCCCUGAUCAUUCACUGCUGCAAAGUGCAAACUAUAAAUUAAAAUCGGAUAACUAUCUCCAUACUGAGUGAACUACGUCGCAGUUCGUAUAACUGUUCUGCUUCUAUCAAAGUACACUUAAUGUGAUUUUCGAUGAUAAUAGUUGGCUACAUAAUUUAAAAUGUUCUUGCUUAACUAGAAAUUAUGGAGCGUUUUCCACUGAAGUCUUCUGUAUCUAAGAUGGGCACUACUUAUCAGUCUGUGUAUAAAAAGGGGACUACCGGUGGUCGUCAUGGUGACGAGGACACGGUAGACAUCACGACGGGGCCCCGUGAGGUCCCCACGACCCCCACAAGCCACGGGACCUUCCAGCUGUACGACCACGGCAGGUCUAGCAACGCCAGCGCCAAUUCGUACAUCGCUCAGUACUUCAGUACGUCGACUGGGGACGCAGUUAUUUUCACCGGAAUGCAAGCAGGUGACACAGACGAGAUCCCCGGCAUCGGGCAGUACGAUGACUUCCACACCAUCGAUUGGCAGCGGGACAUCGCUAGAGAUCGCAUGCGGCAUCGAUACAUCGUGAAAAAGCGACAGGAUUCCAUCUGGAACCUCAUUAAAGGCGCUCACGACGCUUGGUCGGGAUGGGUGUGCGUUCUCCUUGUGGGCGUGUGUACAGGGGUGGUGGCUGGUGUCAUCGACAUUGGCGCUUCUUGGAUGACGGACCUCAAGUUCGGUAUAUGUCCCCAGGCGUUCUGGUUCAACAGGGAGCAGUGCUGCUGGUCCAACGAUGAGAUAACUUUUGAUCACGGCAACUGCUCGCAGUGGAUGACCUGGGCCCAGCUGUUCGGCGAGUCUAAGGAGGGUGUUGGCGCUUACAUCAUCAGCUACUUGUUCUACAUCGUUUGGGCGUUGUUGUUCGCGGCGCUCUCUGCAUCUCUAGUGCGUAUGUUCGCGCCGUAUGCCUGCGGAUCUGGUAUACCGGAGAUUAAGACGAUUCUAAGCGGAUUCAUCAUCAGGGGCUACCUCGGCAAGUGGACGCUUGUCAUCAAAGUGGUUGGCCUUAUCUUGUCCGUGUCAUCAGGCUUGUCCCUCGGCAAAGAAGGACCAAUGGUCCAUAUCGCCAGCUGCCUAGGUAAUAUCCUGUCGUACCUCUUCCCAAAAUAUGGACGGAAUGAGGCAAAGAAACGUGAGAUUCUUUCGGCAGCAGCGGCUGCUGGUGUGUCAGUGGCUUUCGGUGCUCCCAUCGGUGGAGUUCUCUUUAGUCUUGAAGAGGUAUCUUACUACUUUCCCCUGAAAACCCUCUGGCGUUCAUUUUUCUGCGCGUUGAUAGCCGCCUUCAUCUUACGAUCCAUUAACCCCUUCGGCAACGAGCACUCGGUUCUGUUCUUCGUGGAAUACAACAAGCCCUGGAUAUUCUUCGAGUUGAUACCUUUCGUCGGCUUGGGAAUUAUUGGCGGUUGCAUCGCGACAAUAUUCAUCAAGGCGAACAUUUACUGGUGCCGCUACCGGAAGUACUCCAAGCUGGGUCAGUACCCAGUGACGGAGGUGCUGGUGGUGACCCUAGUGACCGCGAUCAUCGCCUAUCCAAAUCCAUACACCAGAAUGAACACCAGCCAAUUGAUCUACUUGCUGUUCAACCAGUGCGGCAUAUCUAACUCGGAUCCUCUGUGUGACUAUAAUAGGAAUUUCACCGACGUGAAUAAGGCGAUUGAGAAGGCUGCCGCUGGUCCUGGUGUGUACCAGGCUAUCUGGCUGUUGAUGUUGGCUCUGGUGCUGAAGUUGGUGAUGACCGUGUUCACCUUCGGCAUUAAAGUACCCUGCGGGCUGUUCAUACCCAGCCUCGCGCUCGGAGCCAUCGCCGGCAGGAUUGUGGGCAUUGGUGUGGAACAGCUCGCGUAUAAGUAUCCGAAGAUCUGGUUAUUCUCUGGAGAAUGUUCUACUGGCGAUGACUGCAUCACUCCAGGGUUGUACGCUAUGGUUGGUGCUGCGGCUGUACUCGGCGGUGUCACGAGGAUGACCGUGUCUCUGGUGGUGAUAAUGUUCGAGCUGACUGGCGGCGUGCGGUACAUAGUGCCGCUAAUGGCGGCGGCUAUGGCGUCCAAGUGGGUGGGCGAUGCGUUGGGGCGCCAGGGUAUAUACGACGCCCACAUCGCGCUGAACGGAUACCCGUUCCUGGACAGCAAGGACGAGUUCCAGCAUACGUCACUCGCUGCUGACGUCAUGCAACCCAAACGUAACGAGACCCUCUCCGUCAUAACGCAAGACUCGAUGACCGUUGAUGAUGUGGAGACGCUGCUGAAAGAGACAGAGCAUAACGGAUAUCCGGUGGUCGUGUCCAAGGAGUCGCAAUACCUCGUUGGAUUCGUACUGAGACGGGACCUUAACCUGGCCAUAGCGAACGCACGUCGUAAUGUGGAGGGUAUAACGGGUCAGUCGGUGGUGGUGUUUGCGGGGUCACCGCAGCAGGGUGCGAUGUCUCCACCUCAGCUGAUGCUGGCCAGGAUCCUGGACAUGGCACCCAUUACCGUCACCGACCAAACACCCAUGGAAACGGUCGUUGAUAUGUUCAGGAAGCUUGGAUUGAGACAAACACUCGUCACCCACAACGGACGACUUCUAGGAGUUAUCACGAAGAAGGAUGUAUUGAGACACGUCAAGCAGAUGGACAAUGAAGAUCCGAACUCUGUUCUUUUUAACUGAAAAAAAAAAAAAUAUCGAAUUAUUAGUUUGGACGAACAAAGCAUCGAAUUAUAUAUGUGGGUAACUAACAACGAAGUCCACCACCCUGGCGAGCUGAUACCAUCACUUCAAGAGUCAACACUAGAUAUUUUAAUAACAGUAUCUUAGGCUACGUAAAAAUAUAUUUAUUCUAUAAAAAUCACGUGUAACAGAUAAAUAAUAAUCAUUUCAAAGAGCAAUCAAUGUUAGCGUAAGUAUAAUGUAUUAAAACUGUAUAUCAUUUCGUAUAUUUACUGAGAAUUUUUAUUUUUUAAUGUAAAUAUUUGAUACACAUAUAUAUAUAUAGAUUUUUUUUUAAAAUUAGAAUGUCAAUUAUAGAUCUUGCUAUGUAUAUGAGCAUUGAAGGUAAAAAUUUAUUAAGAAUAUAUUAACGGGAUUUUUGUUAAAUUUUUUUUUAUGCAUAUCACAUUAUGAGCUCUAAUAUAAUUUGAUAUAAGGACGUUUUUUAAACGUAGAAUUUACAAAUAAUCAAUGUGCAGUUAUGACGGCAGCUUUGUGUCAAUCAGAACAAACCGGCUUGUGUGUGUGAGGUUUUUUUUUUUAAUUUAAUUAGUUAAUUAGAUGUAAGUAUUUUAAUCCGAUCAUGCAAUAUUUGAAUAUAAAGUAAAUUAAAUGAUAAAAACGAAUGAAUUUAUAUGAAAAUUAUGUCUAGUAAAGAUAUUUAGUGCUUGUAAAUCAACAAGCCGUGGAAAAUUUUACAUGUAUGGAGUAGAUCUUGCUUGAAAAUGAAUUGUAUUGCUUAUGUUAUAUUAUUAUGUAUUAAUUGAUUCUGUACAUAAUGAAGGAUAUACAUAUAUAAUUGUUAAUAAUAGUUGUUAGUACUUUAUACAAUAUAUUUAAAAAUAUUUUAAAGUGUAAUUCUAUGUGUCAGCGGUUAGUUUGAACCGAGUUAAUACUAAUGUUAGCACCACUCAAUUUUUGUAUAAUUCUAUAUAGUUUAGAUGCAUGUGUAAUGAUAUAGAUACAUAUAAUUUUAUCACAAUUGUCUGUAUGAAGUUUUUAAUAUGUACAUUUUUGUUUGAUAAUAACCUAUUUAAGAGAUUUUUUUUCAUUGUACGGUUUUAUAUAGUGGCUUAUGUGAAUCAUGUUUUAGAUAUUGCAGUGAUAUCAUUUUUAGAUUAGAUAAAUAUAAAUAAUGAUAUGCGGUUAAGAAAGUCUUGAAUUCAUUGUAUUCCUAGUGUAGAAGUAAUUUUAUGACGACUAAUCUAGUUGUAUGGACGUUAGUGUAUUAAAUCUGCUAUAAUAUUACCCUUUGACCUAUUCUGAAUAGGUCUACUUCGUCCUUUUGAAAUUAUGAAAUGUCCGUUUUGCUAUAUAUAUUCUGCUUGUUACGCAUCUCGGUCGCUGUUAAGGCGGUCUAAUUUAUAUAAACGUAUACAAAGCGCUUCCAGCGCUGUUUUGUAGUGAACUAUACAAGUAACGACUGAGUGUUACCGCUCUUAUGACCAAAAUCUUGUUGUGCUAUACACAUUUGUUGGUGUGUGUCGCGGCACUUCCCUCUUUGAGUUUUAUGAAUAAAUGCAAAUAAAAUGCCA